UAAUGACUGUUAAUGUUUCUCUGGAAGAUCAACCAGGUUCCCAGGAUAUGGAGCUGCUGUUUAGAGAGCAGCAGUUGACCUGGGACAGUUUCAGCAGAGCAUCAAGAGGAGAGAGUCUCAUUCACUGAGGGGGAAAAGGAAACGUAGACAAACUGCUGGAGGAAAAUCAUUCAUCUGACAGCAAAGAUGCAGUGGAGUCUGAUUCUGCUCUUCCUGAUGGCUCAGUGUUGUUUCAUUGACUGUCAGCUCUAUCAGUUUCACUACAUUAAUGAGAAUAAAACCUGGACUGAAGCUCAGCAGUACUGCAGAGAGAAUCACACUGACCUGGUCACAGUGACUAACAUGAAGGACAUGGAGAGACUCAACAUCUCAGCUGGAGGUCAGAGUGAAGCUUGGAUUGGUCUGAUCAGUAAACCAGAAUUUAACAGAACAUGGUACUGGUCUCUGACUGGAGUGGAGUUCAAUGAAAGUGAGACAAACUGGAAACCAGGAGAACCAAGUGAUAAAGGAAAUCAAGAUCCUGAGAACUGUGGGGCUGUGUAUAAUAAUCUGCAAUGGUUAGAUCAGGGUUGCAAGUGGCCUCAAUAUUUCCUGUGUUAUGAUGAAACUAAUACAACCCAUAAAUAUCACCUGAUUAAAGAGAUGAAGACCUGGCAGGAAGCUCAGAGUUACUGCAGAGAGAAACACACAGACCUGAUCAGUGGAACGAAGCAACUAGAGGAUGAAGAAGUGAAGAAAUUGAUGAGGGAAGCGUUUGGGUCAGACUUUGCAUACAAAGCAGUAGUAUACUUUGGUUUAUUCAGAGACAAUUGGAGGUGGUCAGAUGGAAGCAGUUUCUCUUUCAGACACUGGAAUAAUGAAUUAGUUAAUCCACAAUCUGUCAGAGAUCUUUGUGCCAAGAUUGAUGAUGGAGGCAAAUGGAAGAAUGAGAGCUGUGAUAAAAGAAAACCCUUCAUCUGUUAUGAUGAUAAUGUGAUCCUGAUCAAAGAGAAUAAAACCUGGGAAGAAGCCUUGACCUACUGCAGAGAUCAUCACCAUGACCUGGUCACCAUCACCAACAUGGAUGAUCAGAGAUGGAUCCAGGAGAAAGUCAAGAACGCAUCGACUGAUUAUGUCUGGACGGGUCUGCGCUACACCAACACUCUGGAUUUCUGGUUCUGGGUCAGUGAUGAGGUGGUCAGCUAUAAGAACUGGGCCGAAGGUGAACCGAUGGACGACUGUGACAUGUCUGGAGCCAUGGAGACGAGAGGAAAACAUCAGUGGAGGAAGAAAAAUGAUCUUGAGGAAUUUAAUUUCAUUUGUUUUAAAAAUUAAAAUCCACUCUGUUAUUUUUUUUUUCAUUGGCACUGAGCUUUUUACAUAAAUCUUGUUGUUUUUGGUUUUCUUGUGGUUUUAGUAACAUUUUAUUCACAUAUUAUCAUUUUACUGAAUAUGAGAUUGUUUUUUGUUCUGUGGAUUUACUGCACUGAAACAAACUUCAUUGUGAUUUAUUUACCAUGACAAAAACAUCUGAUUCUGAUUCUCAUCAUUUAUGCUUUUAGUUUGUCAAUUUUAGCUACUUUAAUAUUAUAUUUUAUUAUUAUAUGGUAACAUGGCUUUGCUCUUUAAGUUCUCAAUAAUUGUAACAUUAUUUCAGAAUAUUAUCAUUAGUUAUUCAGUAGGAGUCAUCUUCUAUGAAGCACUUUGUGUUAUCAUACUGCAUAUAA